AAUGGUCCUGGCAAUUUGUGUAAUGACUGUUAUUGUAAUAAUCGAGGGAAAUGUGUUUAAUAUCCUGCUACAAGGCAUUGUCGGUGUCACGAAGGCUUCUUUGGGGAACAUUGUAACCAUUUGUCUUGAUAUUGAGAAUGAACGUCCCAGACAAGCCCCUGGUAAAAAAGCUGUUAAAGGUCCCAGAAAUCCUGCUGCAAAAGGUAUUAAAGGUCACAGAAAUCCUGCUGUAAAAGGUUACACAGAUCAACCUGAUACAGUUCAUCCACAAUCUACUCCUUUUUCUAUUGGUCCUGAGGAUACUACGGGUUCUGAGGGCAUUCCUGGUCCUAAAUCCCAAAGCUAUAGUGAACCUAAUUUCUUGUGUAAGAAAGUUAUCAAUUGCAAAAAUGGAGGUACAUGUUCAAGUAUUGGAUACUCUUGGUUUUGCUCAUGUAAAAAAGAUUUCAGUGGGCAACUUUGUGAAAUAAGAAACUGA